AAGGAGUUCUCUCAGCUCUUAAGCACCAUGGAAGAGGAGAGAAAACGACUGUUAUGUCCCUUGGAAAUCAGGUAAGUCAAACAAUCCAAACAGGUUUGUGACAGGAUUAAAGAGCAUCAGGAAACGAAGCUUCACGCUGGCCCCGUUUGAUUGAAAUGUGAAACUAAUGUGCAUGUUGAAACGUGAUACUUUUCACGCUGUUUCAGCAAACAGUUUUCUGCUGUUUAAAUAUUUGAUUCUCUCUGCGUUAUCUGACCCAAGCCUUUUCCUUCAUAUAUUUUAUGUUUUACGAGUGAAAUUUAAGUAGAUUUCUUAGAAGGUUUCAGGCCUCAUAGACAGCUUCUCACUAACUGCCUUGGAUUUUUCUCUUUUUUUUUUGCUUUCCCUCUACACUGAUUCACACAUUUGUGGGUUAACUUUGUGCCAGCAGCACCGUGUUCACUGCAAUUGGGAAAUGUCUUGGACUCAGUGAUCCUCCAUCAUUCGGAGGCCUUUGUGAGGACUGAUUGAAUUUUGGCACACUCUGUGUGAAGCCUAAGCUCACAGCGUUUGUAACAGAGGAGCAUAGUAUGCUGCCUUAUAUAUAAACCCUUGUGUGAGUGUGUGUUUGCCUUUGUGGCAGCCUGCUUGGUCUGGUUGCAGAGGAACCAUGUGGAACCUAUUCUGGCAAUUCCCCUGUGAGAUGGAGUGCAGUUGGACAGCCUGGGAAAGUCCAUAAAAGAUCCAGAAUGCUGAUGACGUCUUGAUCUCACCCCUUGAGAGGUUUCGGAAAGAGCAAAUCGGAGCUGUUAAGGAGGAGAAGAAGCAGUUUGAUAAGGAGACAGAGCGGUAUUACUCUGUGCUAGAAAAGUAUCUCAGUGUGUCCUCCAGGAAGAAGGAUUCCCAGCUACAAGAGGCUGACUCACAGAUGGACAAAGACAGGCAGAUCUUUUACGAUGCAUCUCUGCAGUAUGUUUUCAAGAUCCAAGAAGUGCAGGAAAGAAAGAAGUUUGAGUUUGUGGAGCCAUUAUUAGCCUUCCUGCAGGGGUUGUUUACAUUCUACCACGAGGGCUAUGAGCUGGCCAAUGAGUUUGAACCCUACAAGCAGCAGCUCCAGUUUAAUCUGCAAAAUGCUCGCAACAACUUUGAAAGUACUCGUGUUGAAGUUGAGAGGCUAAUGAAAAGGAUCAGGUCUGCUGAGGAUGACUUCAAAGCCCCCAGCUGCUUCACCAUGGAGGGAUUUCUCUACAUACAAGAAAAACGUCCAUUGGGAAGCGUGUGGACCCGAUACUACUGUACCUACGAGAGGAGCUCAAAGAUGUUCUCCAUGAGCAACACAGAGACCCGGCCAGCCAGCAGACAGAAUGGCGUGAUGACUGGGGCCCCAGACAUGUUCAGGCUGCGUUCAUGUGUCCGAAGGAAGACCGAAUCCAUCGACAAACGCUUCUGCUUUGACAUCGAGGUGGUGGAGAGACAUGGCGUCAUUACUCUGCAAGCCCUGUCAGAGGCCAACAGACGGCUCUGGAUGGAGGCAAUGGAUGGAAAAGAGCCUAUUUAUACUCUUCCCUCUCUGCUCAGUAAAAAAGAAGAGACAUUUCUCAACGAAGCAGGAUUCAACUUUGUUAAGAAGUGUGUUGAGCUGGUUGAAUCAAGAGGCCUUACAACUCUUGGACUGUACAGGACGGGUGGAGUAAACUCCAAAGUGCAGCGCUUGAUGGCCAGUGCAUUUGCUUCUACUGCAUCUUCGGAUAUACAGCUGGAUGCAGAAACUUGGGACAACAAGACAAUAACCAGUGGCCUGAAAGAUUAUUUCCGGUGUUUGGCAGAACCGUUACUGACCUAUAGGCUGCAUAAAGAAUUCAUCAGGGCUGCAAAGUACGACGACCAGACGUACAGAGUGAGAGCCAUUCAUGCUCUCGUACACAAACUGCCGGAAAAAAACAAAACCAUGUUGGACAUCUUAACCAAUCACCUUCACAAGGUGUCCUCCCACAGCGAUCAGAACAUGAUGACCGUGUCUAACCUUGGGAUGAUCUUUGGCCCCACGCUGAUGAGGUCACAGGAGGAGACGGUGGCGGCCAUGAUGAACAUCAAGUUUCAGAACAUUGUGGUGGAGAUCAUCAUUGAAAAGCACGACAAAAUUUUUGGUGAGACUCCGGACCUGUCGGUGCCGCUGCCUCAGGCUCCGACCUCUCGGUCGACUCCGAGGAGGAGCAAGGCCAUCUGCCUGUCAUCUGGAAAGAGAAAGGCCCUUCGGUACACUCCGGCUCUCUGCCUGGCAGACAAUGACAGUGAUACAUUCAGCAGCAGCCCUGAUACAACUCCGAUGGGCAGCCAGGAGUCGUUGUCCUCCCACUCCUCUGAAAAGAAUGGGUUGUCUCAGACCUCAACUCCUUCUUCUCCCACCGCUGAGCCCGGCUCACCAUCCGCAGCGCAGUUUUCUCCUCCUUCGGCUUCCUCCAGCUCACCACCAAACAAUUCCCCCAAUGGAAAAGAUCAGAAAGAGCCACCAGACGGCGGCCCCUCCCCCCACCUCACGCCUUCCUCUUCCUGGACCUCCGCUCCACUCUCCUUAGCUGAGCAGACUUCCUCUGUGUCCUCCUCCACAUCCUCUUUGCUCUCCGCAGUGGAGAGGUCUUUCAACAGAAACUCAACCGCUUCUUUGUCUUCUACCAAAGACUCCGGAUCUGCGUCCACAACGUCAGUCCAGCCCUCAUCAGGGGACCGUUCCUCUUCUGUCAGGGAGGGUAGACCUCUUCAGAAAGCAGCCUCCAUCUCCUCCCUGAAGAGCACUCGUUCAGCAGAGCAAAGAAACUCCUCCUGUGCUACAGUCACAGAAGUCAGAGGAACCAACUCUACCUCUCCUCCUAUACAUAGCACUGCCUCCUCCUCCUCUUCUUCCUCCUCUUCUCUAUUUCCCUACCGGCUUUCCACCUCAUCCUCGCUCACAUCCCUUCACAUUUCAGAAGAUUACAAAAGCUGCCAUGGAUCAGUGCAGAGCCUCGUGUCGCUGGACCGACAGGAGAGAUUAAAAACGCGUAAAGGACACAACCGCUGCGGCUCCGACCUCACCCCAAAGCACUCUGCAGCCGCAUCCAGCAACGGCUACUCCAGGCCUGCCUCAUUGUUAUCAACCAGGAAGCCUCAGCGUGAGAGUUCAGUGUUCUCCUCAGCGUUAGACAUUUGUCCCUCAGGAAGGGAAGCAAAAGCGAUGUACUCCUGUGAGGCAGAGCACAGCCAUGAAUUAAGUUUUCCACAGGGGGCGCUGUUCACAAAUGUGGGUCCAUCUGUGGAACCAGGUUGGCUGCAGGCGACAUAUAAGGGCAGAACCGGCCUCAUACCCGAAAAUUACAUCCAAUAUAUCUGACAAACCUGAUGAACUGUCUGCGCAUGAGAAAAUCACAAGAGUCUGACUGAAAUUUUAAGGGUUGUUUAAUAAGAAUCCAAAACACACAAUACUGUAACUGUGACUGUUAUCACUGACUACUGUGCCACAAUAUGAGCAAUGGGGCUACUGUAAACAGUGCAGUAGAUGUUGAUACUUGACGUGUAAGGCUUAGCUUCUCAGUACUUAUCACCAUUUUUAAUUUUUGUUUAGCAGACUCUGAAAUGUUAUGUAUCCAGUAAAAAUAUGUAAAAGGUACAUAGAAGUGUUAUUUUUCUAUUAAUCUUUAUAAUUUAUGUUUUAAUGUUUCAGUAGUUGGUCUAGAAAUCCAAUGUUCAUACCUCAGUGCCUUAAACUGUAUGAACUUUUUUUCUUAUACCCU